CACACACACACACACACACACACGAACCUGCACGAACGUACACGAACAUACAAAAACACACACACAAACACACGCAGCGAAAACAAUGGGUGGUCAUGGGCUGGAGUUGCUAAACCCACCCGUGGUGUUGCGGCCACACACUUGCGUGCGCGCUGAUGGGCAGCAGGUGCAAGUCCAUGUGUUUCGGGACGACGUGCUGCCUGGUGGCACCAAGCAGCGGGCCAUGGCGCAGGCUGUGAUGACGAUUGCGGAGCAAGAGCUGGGCGAUGCAAGCGCCGUGCAGGAGAUUGUGUACGCGGGCCCCGUGGAAGGGUUUGCGCAGAUCGCCAUGGCAGUGGUGGGCAAGGCCAUGGGAAUUAAGGCCACGGUGUUUGUGGCGUCGAGGCGCGAUCGCAUGCUGUUCCACCUCACGCAGCGCGCCAAGGACCAGGGCGCCGACAUUCACACCGUGCGACCCCCAAACCGGCUGAAAGACGUGCAGCAGGCUGCCCAAGUGUAUGUGCAGGAGCGACAGGCUGCCGGACACAAGACGCUGCUGAUGCCGUUUGGGCUGCACUGCCCGCCGUUUCUCGACUCACUGGAGCGCCAGCUGCGCGUUGCCCUGCCACGGCCAGUGUUGGAGCAGCCACCCCGCCGGCUGUGGCUCGUGGCGGGCUCUGCCGCCAUCUUGGAGGUGCUUGCUCGCAUCUUCCCCACCACGGAGUUUAUGGUCGUGCAAGUCGGCAAAACCAUUUGGCCCGACCUUCGCGGGAUUGAAAAGGAUGGCACCCAGCGAUACAAGUCGCAGCUGUUUGUGGCGGAGGAAAAAUUCUGGCAGGUGGCGCGGUUCCAACCACCAUAUCCAAGCGUGCGCACGUAUGACGCCAAGCUGUGGCAGUUUGUGCGCCAACACGCGCAGCCAGACGACCACGUGUGGAACGUGGCGAGCGACUACGCUGUCACGCGCGACGCCAGCGCACACAUCCAUGAGCAGAUGGUGGAGAGGUGUGCAGCCGAGGCGCAGUUGGCCGCCCGGGCCGGCGCGUUCCAGUGGGCCACGCUCAUGGUGGAGAUGUGCAAGCGCUACAAACAGAAGAUCAAGGACGCCCUGCCAGCCAUUAUGCAACGCGGUGUGGCGUUUGGGCACGUGUUUCACAGCGACAGCGUAGCUGCUGCGCUGGCGGAGAAGCGGCUGGAGCUGGCGCAGUACUACGGCAGGAAGUUGACCGGGUUUGUCAAGGAGUUUUCACACCACUUUGCGUCCAGCGCCAACAGCGGUAGCGAUGCUGCGCGCGCGUUUGCUGCGUUUGAGCAGACGUGUCGCACGUGGCUGUUCGUCGCCAGCCGCACCUUUGCCAUGGCGGAUCCUCUUGCCAACGACCCACACAGCACCAGCACCAGCAACAACGAUGGUGGCCGGGAUGGCGAUGAUGGGUGCGGUGGUGGUGAUGGCGAUGAUGGCGGUGAUGCGGUGCCACGGACGCCCGCCGUCGUGAAUGUGUUUGAGGCGUCGCUGCAGGAGGUUGAAGCGGCCGGCAUUGACCAGGCGGUGCUGGUGUCGGUGCUGGCCACGCUGUAUGCCGAGGGCGUGCUCUCCUUCCCCUGGAAGCGGUUGUAUGAGGGCAGUCCGGACACGCGCAUGGGGAGCCUGCGCACACACGAAGCGACAGUUGACAAUGACGAGCGGCGCCGGCCCCACAAUGUCCGGAUUUACUCCCGCACACACGACGGACAGCCGUUCCUGCCGCUGCAGUUCAAGGGGCGUUGCCACACGUUUGUGCACGAUGGGGGCGACUAUGACAGCAUGGACGUGCUUGCCGACUUCUUUCAGGAAGGGCCACGCCUCCGCGCGGUGCGCAAGGACCAGGAAGCAUCGCCGCUCGAGCUGUGGUCACGCCCCGCGUUUGUGCACGGCGUGGUUGGCGACUGCUUGCGGAAGCGCGGGCAGAUUACGCUGUACGCGCUGCGCGAGGAGGUGUACACGCAGGUGAAGGAGUGCACGCAGUUCAAGCCCUCGCUUGCCGCCGCCGUGAUGCGUUUGUUUCGGGCCACGCGCGUGCUGGACUUUAGUGCCGGCUGGGGCGACCGCUUGCUUGGCGCCAUUGCGGCAGAUGUCACCACCUACCAUGCGUGGGACCCAAACCACACCCUCAAAGCGGGGCACGAUGCCAUGCGAAGGCGGUUCUUGCCCUCUGAUCGCCUGGGCGACUUUCAGAUCACAUACACCGGGUUUGAGCACGCGCAGCUGGAGAGCAGCGCGUACGAUCUCGUGUUUACCUCCCCGCCCUUUUUCGACUUUGAGGUGUACACGCAGCUGCCCGGCCAGUCCGUGAACACGUACCGCGGGUUUGUGAGCUGGCUGGUGGACUUUUUGCUUGCAAGCAUUCGGCGAGCAUGGGCGGCGCUGCGGCCGGGCGGGCACUGCGUCAUCCACAUCACCGACGUCUACAAGACGCGCGUUUGCGAGCCCAUGUGCCUGCUCGUGCUGGCCACGCUCGAGUGCGUGCAAUAUGAAGGCGUGCUGUGCUCGCUCGGCGGCAUGGGCAGGCCCCGCCCCUUGUGGGUGUUCCGCAAGCUGGACGCAACGGACACCGCCACGAAAUCGCACGCGUGGCACGAGCUGCAGCGGCUGCACCGUGACCUGUACCAAUACUGGAACUCCAAGGCGCCACGCCAGCAGCAGCACCAUCGCCAGCGGGGCGCUGUGCCCUCGUCAUCAUCGUCAUCGUCGUCGUCAGCAGCACAGGCGGCGACACGGCGACAGGCAGCAGAAGCAAGUCUUGGCCCCGCAAACCCAUCGAAGCGGGGGAAUUUCAGCUAGCUAGCCAGCUAGCUUCUUCGUUUCUCCCUGUUAUUUGCAAACUUGUUACACUGGGACUGCUUGCACCAUCACCUUGCCUUGCCUUGCUUGCCCAUGGGAAAGGGAGAAUAAAGACACGACAUGACG